CGUCUCUCUGCCGGCUUGUAUAAAUUGAUUUCAAAUUACGGAGUCGCUCUCAGUUAAUAUUGAGCUCAGUGGCUGGAAAGUGCAUCAUGCGAUCGUAUAUCUUACUUGUUUUCAUAGUGAGCACUCUGUUGUUCGCCGUGACAAAUGCGCAGCAGAAUUAUGAUGGACAAAAUGGACCCCAUGAGUUUGGAACACCUGGAAGUGGCAUUUACAUACGGGGGCAGAACGAAGGACCCUACACAGUCCGCGAAGUGGAAGGCACCUUCCAAAACUCACCCUCAAACGGCCAACAUUCCUACACUGAUGAGCAUGGAAAUACUUAUACCCAUUCUUCAACUGCAACUGCCAAGAGUUUGGCUUCUUCACCCUGGGGCUUCAGCAUGGGUGGUGUUCUCGUUUUGCUUAUGAGUUUAAUAACCAUUUAAUUGCCUGCUCCAAUUGCAAAAGUUCCAAUUAAUUAAUUUGACACAUCGUUUUCUAGUUCACUCCCACGAGAAUUUAUUUCUUCAACGUUUUUUUCCUUCCACGUUUCUGCACCUUUAUUUAUAUGCUAUUUUUUUGGUUCACCUUUCUUUGCUUCACGUUAUACACCAACUAUUUAGCUAUUAAGCAAAUAAAUAAAAAACAUAUAAACUA